UGCACCGGUGGGAUGUCGUGUGGCUAGAUAGAUACAUGGUCGCAAAAGUUGACUAUAUUAGUAUUUGACCUGAAUUUUCAACGCCAUUUGUUUAAACAGUAUCGAGUCCAUGCACAUUAUCUGAAGUUUACAGCGUGGGAAUCGGAGGUAUAGUCUUUAGGUGACUGGGCCACAAAUAUUGGAAAGGCAUCAACCAAAUGAAUGACGUCACUACUAUGCAGCAUGGUAGUCAUGAGAGCGAGGUGACAACCAUGACACCCUUUUUAAUCAGCCCGACAAGUCUAGAAUAGAAACUCGCCCACGAUGAAUUCUCUUGCUUUACCCUCAUGCUAGCCCUUCCCGACAACACGCUACUGCAAAUAAACCUCAGCACUCAAAUUCUAUGCUACAUUUUUGUAACCUUGCCGGUGGCGUUAAGGCUGGUGAUUUGGAGAGAAAUAGGACGGCCCUUCGGCGUUGAAGAUGUGACUUGCUUUGUUGCCUGGAUCCGAACGCAGCUCUUGUUUAUGGGCUAUUGUACGUGUGCCUUGAUCUAUGGUUUCGAUGGCGGUGCAGAAGGAAUGGCUAGCCUGAGUGACAAUCAGAUUGAAACAAGCUUCAAGAUAUCCUAUGUGUCAACCAUAUUCUAUGCGCCCUUGGCGCUAUUCGUGAAGGCCACUCUACUUCUGGUGCUGGCCAAAGUUUGGAGGCCCUUCCGGAAAAUCAUAGUAGUCGAUAUCACUCUUGGCCUAAUUGUGGCCUACUACAUUGCAAUACUUUUCGUCAAGACCUUUCUCUGCUCGCCGAUCUCGGCGUACUGGACGAUGUUGACGAGGCCAGGCGGACGGUGCCUCAAUCGGUCCGCAGUGAUCAUCGCGGAUUCCCUCAUCAGUGUGAUCUCCGACAUUGCGAUCUUGGUGCUUCCUAUUAUCUUCACCUGGUCAUUGCACAUGUCUUUGAAGUCCAAGGUAAAGGUGGUCGCACUUCUGGGGUUAGGCGGUAUUGCCGUAGGUUUCAGCCUAUAUCGCCUGGUUCUAGUCAUCUUGCAUGGAGAUGACCCAGACCAGACAUUAUUGUUCCUGAGAAUUCUACUAUCCGGAAAUGCCGAGGGAGGCAUCGGCCUCAUAUGCGCUUGUCUGCCAGCUAUAAGCAAGUAUAUAACUCGUCGGAGGGCGAGGACGUUAUCCUCAAAAGACCGACCGGCAGAAGAGACACAAAUCCCAUUAGAGCGUACUUACGAUAGAUCUGAGAGCUACCAUAGCGUUGACGCAUCGUUCCAGAGCCACCUGGAACCCCACGUAUGGCCAGGCUCCGCGGAAUCCCCACAGCUGAAUGCGCGCCGCGAGUCUUAACAUCGGCCUACAACACCCCCAUGGUAUUCUCUUCAUCAGCAAGAUGAGCUUAUUACCCGAUAGAAAGCCUUUCACACAAUAUCCAUGGUCCUUCAAACAAAACAUUGAUUACGUUAGAGAGUAGGCAUCCACCAAUAUAACGAACGACCAUAUGAUGACGAGGGUUCAUCCCUAGCCGACUU